UUCACUGUCAUGGCUCCCUAAGCGAGUGGCCCUGUCACGGUAGCAAACAUCUUUGAAGAAGUACAACAUUUCUUCGCUUACUUAAUCGGGGAAACCGGGGGGUUUUAACGACUCGUUUUUGUGCUUAGAUAGUAGUUCAUCAUGGCGGGGAGCAGCACGGCUCAGAAAACAUGGGAGCUAACUAACAGCAUGCAGGAAGUUCAGAGCAUCGAUGAAAUCUACAAAUACGACAAAAAGCAACAGCAAGAAAUCCUCGCUGCGAAGCCAUGGACAAAAGACCACCACUACUUCAAGUACUGCAAGAUCUCAGCUUUGGCACUGCUGAAGAUGGUUAUGCAUGCCCGGUCGGGAGGAAACCUGGAGGUGAUGGGCCUCAUGCUGGGCAAGGUGGACGGUGAAACCAUGAACAUUAUGGACAGCUUUGCUUUGCCUGUUGAGGGCACAGAAACUCGAGUCAACGCUCAGGCUGCAGCAUAUGAAUACAUGGCUGCCUACAUUGAAAAUGCCAAACAGGUUGGUCGGCUGGAGAAUGCUAUUGGCUGGUACCACAGUCACCCUGGCUAUGGAUGCUGGCUCUCGGGCAUAGAUGUCAGCACUCAGAUGCUCAACCAGCAAUUUCAGGAGCCUUUUGUGGCCGUUGUGAUCGACCCCACUCGGACUAUUUCUGCAGGGAAAGUCAACCUUGGUGCCUUCAGGACAUACCCAAAGGGUUACAAACCUCCUGAUGAAGGACCCUCAGAAUAUCAGACAAUCCCCUUGAACAAGAUUGAAGAUUUUGGAGUACACUGUAAACAGUAUUACGCGUUGGAGGUAACUUACUUUAAGUCCUCCCUCGAUAGAAAGCUCCUGGAACUCCUUUGGAAUAAAUAUUGGGUCAAUACUUUAAGUUCCUCCAGUCUCCUGACGAAUUCGGACUAUACCACGGGCCAGGUGUUUGACCUGUCGGAGAAGCUGGAGCAGUCAGAGGCUCAGCUGGGUAGAGGCAGCUUCAUGCUCGGCUUGGACACGCAUGACAGGAAGUCCGAGGACAAACUGGCCAAAGCAACACGAGAUAGCUGCAAGACAACCAUAGAAGCAAUUCAUGGUCUGAUGUCUCAAGUGAUUAAGGACAAACUCUUCAAUCAAAUCAACACAUCCGGCAACUAAACCUGAACUACGAGCCGAUUUGGAUUUCACCCCGAAAUGUUUUCUUGUGCAUGUCUAGCACUUAUUGGCUUAUGGUUUAUGUUUAACUUCUAUGGGUAGUAUUAGCAGUUUUUUUCUCUUGGGGAUGCUUUUUUUAAAUUCAUUUCUUUCUUUUGUCUUAGUAAUUGUCAAGAAACACAGUCAGGAAAUGCAAAGAAAAAUAAAACAUAAAAAG